GAUUUGUAGUUAAAGCAGUAAUGAAAAUGAAACUUUUACUAACGUUAAUAGUAAUCAAUGGAUUAUGUUUCGGACUAAAAACACAAAAAACUGUACAAAAUGAUUUGGGAUUAUUAACGCGUGACUAUUUGCCAGAACAAUUUACCAACAAGAAUUUCACUCUAGAAGAUGCCAAGACUCUGUUGCAUAAGAAAUGCAAAAAGGUGGCUUUAAUUUCCCAGAAUCCCCCACAAACCUAUGAGAACAUUGAAAUGGCAGCUAACAAAUUAAUACAGUGUGCCAAUAGCAUUGCCAAUAUAACAGUGUUGAUGGCCGAAAUAGAGGCAGCACGUCCGGCGGGUGAUUUGGAUGUUGUCUUUCACAAAUACUGUCGCAAAUUGCCACAAGCCGAACACUGUCUGCUGGAGUUUAAUGCACAAAUAUUACCCUGCCUGACGCCGGCCGAACGUGCCCAAAAUGCCAUUAUGAUGCGUAUCAUCACUUCGCUGUUGGGUUUCAUUUGCCAUAAAGAUGGUGAUCAAAUUGCUUUGUUCAUUGCUGAGGAGGGCCCCGAGUGUUUGGAAGCCAAUAAGGAGAACAUAUCGAAUUGCAUGAAUGCCACCUUCUCAGCCUAUCUGCCGGAGGGUGGUGAGUUAAUGCCGCAACAGGAAUGGCCGGAGUUGGUGUUGGGCCCCAAACAAUGCAUUGAUUUGCAUGACUUUGAGGAGUGUGUACUCAGCUAUUUGGAGAAAUGCAAUGAAAUUACACCGGCCAAUAUUAUAGAGUCCUUAUUCAGACAUGUAAAGAAUGAAACAAAGUGCCAAGAGGAAAUCGAUAAAGUGAUUAGUUUUCAGCCCAGCCAAGUACAGCAGCGUAAUAUGGGUGUUAGUUGCACUCUAUAUGUUACCUUCUAUUUGGCUUCAUUUAUGUUUGCAUUAAGUAUUUUUUUAAAGUAUUAUUUUUAAGUUUUAAG